GCCAAAUAGUCGAAUUGUUGGGUGCGUGCAAUUUGAAGAUGGAGGAUCUUUUUAGUGUUUUUGAGAAUGCCGGCGCUUCCGAAGCUACUCAGGAGUCCAAAAAGGAUGAUGGCAAGGAAGUGGCUAAAUUGCCCAAGGAUGACCCGACGGAUCUCGUUAGCGCUAUCCUAGAAGGUGACAAGAAUAAGCUGCCUGAUACAGAGGGACCAGUAAAAAAGAAACCAAGAAUCUUAGAGGAUUACAAUCCGGAUGAGUACGCGUCUCGGAGUACCAUUCAUCGUGUUGAUACGGUGGACUCUUGCUCGCACGAAGUGGCUGUUCCAUCUGGGUCAGAAUUCGUACCACUUGAAGUGAAACCGGGCCCUCCUGCACGCGAGUAUCCGUUUGUUCUUGACCCUUUCCAACGGGAAGCCAUCCUAUGUAUUGAAAAUGAACAAAGCGUCCUCGUUAGCGCACACACAUCUGCUGGAAAAACGGUGGUGGCCGAGUACUCAAUUGCCUUAGCUUUGAAAAACAAACAACGUGUCAUUUACACGACGCCGAUCAAGGCUUUAUCCAAUCAGAAGUACCGAGAAUUCUACGAGGAGUUCAAGGACGUUGGUCUCAUGACAGGCGACGUCACCAUCAACCCAACAGCGUCUUGCCUUAUUAUGACAACCGAAAUCUUGCGUUCGAUGUUGUAUCGAGGCAGCGAGAUCAUGCGGGAGGUCGGCUGGGUCAUUUUCGACGAGAUUCACUACAUGAGAGACAAGGAACGUGGUGUUGUAUGGGAAGAAACAAUUAUUCUUCUUCCUGACAACGUCCAUUAUGUGUUCUUAUCAGCAACUAUCCCCAAUGCGCGCCAAUUUGCUGAGUGGAUCUGUUAUCUACAUAAGCAGCCUUGUCAUGUCGUCUAUACGGAAUAUAGGCCAGUGCCACUUCAACAUUAUAUUUUCCCUGCUGGAGGCGAUGGACUUCAUUUGGUGGUCGAUGAGAAAGGUAUCUUCAAGGAAGAUAACUUCAACCUCGCUAUGACAACUCUGCAGAAUGCCGCUGGUAACGCCAAAGGUGAUAGUGGACUUCGUGGCCGACAAGGCGGUUUCCGCUCAGAGACAAACUGCUACAAAAUCGUCAAGAUGAUUAUGGAACGUGACUACAGCCCAGUGAUAGUAUUUAGCUUCUCGAAGAGAGAGUGCGAAUCUUACGCGACACAGAUGAGCAAGCUCGACUUGAAUACUGCCGAUGAAAAAAAACUUGUUAACGAAGUAUUCAACAAUGCCAUGGAGGCGCUUUCGGACGAAGAUCGUGAGCUUCCACAAGUGCAACAAGUUCUACCGCUCUUAAUGCGAGGUAUCGCCAUCCAUCACGGCGGUCUUCUGCCGAUUUUAAAGGAGACCAUUGAAAUUCUUUUUAGUGAGGGCCUGAUUAAGGCAUUGUUUGCUACGGAGACGUUUGCAAUGGGGCUUAAUAUGCCGGCCCGAACGGUGUUGUUCACCAAUCCACGAAAGUUUGAUGGACAGAAUUUCCGUUGGGUUACGUCCGGUGAAUAUAUUCAGAUGAGUGGAAGAGCUGGGCGGCGAGGUCUUGAUGACAGAGGUAUUGUUAUUCUCAUGAUCGAUGAAAAAAUGAGUGCCCAAGCUGCCAAGGAUAUCGUGAAGGGAGCUCCGGACGCGAUAAACUCCGCUUUUCACCUUACCUACAACAUGGUUCUCAAUCUUCUUCGUGUUGAAGGAAUUAACCCGGAAUACAUGCUGGAAAGAAGUUUUUUCCAAUUUCAGAACUACGCCUCGAUUCCACAAUUGUACCAGAGACUAGACGCCCUACAGGAGCAGCUUGACGCAAUGGUAAUAAACCGCGAAGAUGACGUUGCCACGUACUUCAAAGUCCAACAGCAGCUGACCAAAAGUCAAGCUGAGCUUCGCGGAUAUAUAACGAAACCACAGCACAUUGUGCCUUUUCUUCAAGCAGGCCGCAUGAUUCGAGUGAAGAAUAAAAACGACGACUUUGGAUGGGGAAUUAUCAUUAACUACAAAAAUAAGAAGGUCCAAACUAAGCAGAAGCAUUCAAACUUGUUGGAAGAAGAGGAUGUACAGGUUAUAGUAGAAGCGUUGAUUUACGUAUGUCCAGGAUCAACAGAGGUCGAAUCGAUCAAACCGCCUCCAAAGGGUGUCAAAGGCGAGAUGCAGGUUGUGCCGAUCCGAUUGGAUCUCAUCGAACGGAUAUCUUCAGUUCGUCUUCUCUAUCCCAGUGACUUGCGACCGCUUGACAGUCGCAUGAGCGUCCUGAAAUCGAUCAACGAAGUUGAGAAACGCUUUGACAAGGAAGUGCCGCUGCUGGAUCCAAUUGAAGAUAUGGAUAUUCGAGAGGCACCUGUCAAGGAGCUUGUAAAGCAAAUUGCCGCAUUGAAAGAACGAUUGCGAAGCUUGCCGCUGCACACCGAACCGGGUUUGGAUGCCCUAUAUAAGGCAUAUUCGGCCAAGCAACAGGUGGCUGAACAGGUCAAACAGUGUAAAGCUGAUAUUCGAAAAGGCAAAAGUCUUCUACAGAUGGAUGAGCUAAAAUGCCGCAAAAGAGUGCUCCGACGACUUGGUUAUUGCAACAACGCUGACAUUAUCGAUGUUAAGGGUCGCAUCGCAUGCGAGAUUAGCACUGCUGAUGAACUUUUAUUGACGGAGAUGAUCUUCAACAACAUCUUCAAUAAUCUAAAUCCCGCUCAGUGCAAUGCCGUAUUGUCGUGCCUUGUGUUUCAAGAGAAGAGUAAUGAAAUGCCGAAGCUCACAGAGGAACUUAUGCAGCCGCUCAGGCUAAUGCAGGAUAUGGCCAGACGAAUCGCUCAGGUGUCACGUGACUCAAAACUGGAGCUUGACGAAGAUGAUUAUAUCGAUCAGUUUAAGCCGCAUUUGAUGGAUGUUGUGUUCGGAUGGAGUAAAGGUGCGUCAUUUGGGCAAAUCUGCAAAAUGACAGACGCUUUUGAAGGCUCGAUUAUUCGAUGCGUGCGACGACUCGAGGAACUGCUCCGUCAGAUGGUGCAGGCAGCCAAGAGCAUAGGAAACACAGAACUUGAAACAAAGUUCAGUGAGGCGAUAAAACUCAUCAAACGUGAUAUCGUCUUUGCUGCGUCGCUGUAUUUGUAAAAAGAAAACAAAUCGUUGAUUUGAGAGAACUGUUAAAAAAGAACAGGUAAGCGGAAACAAUAUGUUCACCACGUUUUCUACACCGCCUUGAACUAAUUUAAUGAAGUGACAAGCUAAAUUAGUCCGUAUUAUCUCUGCUAAAAAUUUUUUUUGAAGAUGGUUUGGCUGUAUGGAGAUCCGCUGCUUUUAGCCGCUUCCUUCAGUCUCCUUUCUCUCCUUUUUUUUGAGAUGGAUCCUGAAAGCAUUGUGAUAAAACAGCAGUGCGGGAUGGUAUUUGGUAGCUCCUCUCUACAACGUCGUUGCCCUUGAUUAUACUCCUUAAAACAAUGAUAAUUCUUGCUGUCAAUUAAAUUAAUUGCAUUCUAAUAAUCGUAUAAAUGUAUCUGAUAGUCGCGGUGUAACUUCUGUCGACAGCCUACCGGGCACUGAUCUAGAGCAUAUCUAGAAGGUGAAAUCGCUGCCAUGUCAGAGCGGAGAUCUACUUGUGUACAUACUGACCGUAAGGGUCUUCUGAGAAUAAUGACAAAAAACAAGUCAUAAAAUUUAUUUAGCAAAUUUAUCGCCAGAUGAUAGAAAGCGCAGAGACGAUUGCCAGGUAUAUGAGAAUUUCGAAUUCUAAGUGUAUGUGUGGGUGUACAUGUACGAGCAUCUAACGUACAGUGGGGUUUUCAAAAAUCAAGGCAACCAUCACGCGCGUUACCCUGAAAAAAAAAAAGAAAAAAAGCUAAGAAAAGGAAAAUAUAAUGCCGAUACGAAUGGAAAAAUGGUAUGUUUGAGCAUGU